UACAGGGUUUUUGCACUACUUUGUUGGGACUCACUUUGAUGAUUUUUGCUUGUUACUCUGCUGAGAAGAAUCCCAAGUACAGUGAACAUACUCAGUUUGAAUUAGAUUACUGCAUACAAAAGGUAUCUGUAUACCUAUAGCCGUCUAAGGAUAUUUGGACUGAUUGGCAAUUAUCAUCCUGCUAUAAUUUUUAUCUAAGUGCAUUCAUGCAUACAUACAUACAUGCAUGCUUACUAACUGGAAUUAAAUGCCUUGUAUGAAGAAGCCAAGUUUUGUUUCAAAUGGAUGCUUGUUACUCUUUAUAAGAAGCAAGACUACACACUUCCAUAUAGAAAGGCUUGGAUGUUACCACAGAUUGAGGAGUGAUACUAUAAUCUGCUGGUGUCAGUCAUCAUACUUUCUGAUGUUUAAAUCUAACAAAUGUAAAGACAAGAAAGAAUGAAUGUUUAACAGGAGAGAAACACUCAGAUACAUGUGUUUGCUUUCCAUAACGUUUGGAAGAUUUAUUUGUCUCCUAGAGUUCCACAUAAAUUGAGGACUUAAUAUUGUUUCUAUCACUCCAUAAGUAAAACACCAGCUAAUAUUUCAAUGAAAUAAUGAUUUCUAAAGGGAAAUUGUUCUUGCUUUUACUAUUAGUACAGAUUGUGGUACUUACACUGCUUUACAGACAUGGCUAUUGGAGUACUAUAUAUUUCUUUACUAGGGCUAUCUGGAAAAACAGCGUUUUCUUAUCAAUACCAUUAGAAAAAACAAUAAAUGACUUUCAAGUAGUACCUGUCAACAGGACUUUUCAUGAUGAUAACAUAAUCCUGAAACAGCCAUCAGAAGUGCAAGAGCUUCCUUUAUGUCCAAAAGUAUCUCCUUUAAUUGGAGGAAAAAUUGGAGUGCAAUUGUAUCCUGGCUUGACUUUGAAAGAAGUAGAAAAAAAGAAUCCACUUGUAACAAAAGGAGGAAGAUACUCACCCAAAGACUGCAAGUACGUGCAAAAAACAGCCAUAAUAAUCCCAUUUCGAAAUCGUGAGGCCCACCUUACACACUUUCUUUAUCAUAUGCAUCCAUUUCUACAGAGACAGCAACUGAACUAUGGGAUUUAUAUCAUUCACCAGGCAGGUAAUUUCACCUUCAACCGGGCAAAAUUGCUGAAUGUGGGAUUUAAAGAAGCCAUGAAUGAGGAAAAUUGGGACUGUUUAUACUUUCAUGAUGUGGACCUACUUCCAGAGGAUGACCGAAACACCUACACCUGUGAAUCAAAUCCAAAGCAUGCUUCUGUUGCCAUGAACAAGUUCCUUUAUAGGUUACCCUACUUAGACUACUUUGGAGGUGUUUCAGCACUAACUCCAGAACAGUAUAUGAAAAUGAAUGGAUUCCCUAAUAAUUACUGGGGCUGGGGAGGAGAGGAUGAUGACAUAUCUAAAAGAGUUCAGUACAGUGGAAUGAAGAUUCACAGACCUCCGGCUGAUAUUGGCCGCUACACUAUGAUUCUCCAUGAGCAUGACAAGGGCAAUGAAGCAAAUGAAAAAAGGUUUGAACUGUUUGAAAAUGCCAGCAAUACAUGGAGAACAGAAGGCAUGAAUAAUCUGAAAUACCACCUUCUGUCAGUACAGUAUCUUCCACUCUAUACAAACAUCACAGCUGACAUUGGGACAGACAAAGGGGAAAAGCAACCAACAUGAGCAUGAAGCUUCCGUCUAUCAUAUCCAUGUGUCAGUAAUGUGUCAGCUUAGUGCUGAGGUUAUAUGAGUGCGUAAACUUAUGGGGAUCUGCAAGCACUUCACCAACAAAUAUUAAUUCAUUAUGAGAUGCCUAUCAAAAUGAAGGGACUAUCAAAGAAUUUGGUCAUGAUCUUGCAUACUUACAGGUGUUUUUCUGUUCUUAUUUGGGGAAGAGCAAGGUAGUGCAUUUUGCUGUCUGUUGCAUUUGAUAGUUAAGAUAUAAGUCAUUCUAUCAUCAAGAUAUUCAAAACGUGAAAUGACAAAAUGCUACACAGCUAUUAGAAUUGUUACUGGGAUUUAUGAGAUGCUAUUCUAUGACGCCAUUGUUCCUAUUGUAUCAGCAGCAGAGUGCCACAGUUACUGCAGACAGUGUUAAAUAAUUGUUUUAGCCAGUCUGCAUGGUUUGAACUACCUCAAGAACAUUCUGGUGCAGAAACUGCCCUUGAAUCAGAAACAAAAAAUAAUAUAAUCAUGCUUUUGCCAUGUGGACUUCCUGAAUAAAUAAGAUUUAAAUACAUAAGUGUUUAUUGUGACAUAACUGUUUAGUAUACAGUGUCAUUUUCAUUACUGCUUUAUGUUGGAUUUUCUUACUAUACAUAAUAGACAGAAAAAAAUGUUCCGAGUUAACCUGAAACUGAUACAAAAUUCAUUCCACUUUCACUGUGUAAUUAAAAGAAUCUUUGGCUUUUAA